AUGGAUGAAUCCAGCGGACUCGAGAAGGAAAUCGGGAGAAUUAGCCUGGCGGGGAAAGUCAGCCCCUCUAAUUACGAUAUGGCAACUGAAACCAGCAUUCAAAUACUCAAAUGCAUCGAUGACGUUGUGUCUAGUAACAAGGAAAUGGACAAGAGACUCAGCGCGAUAGAGACAAAAGUGACGACCAUGGAAGCCAAGCUCGGGAAACCUAAGAGAAAUAGCUCCGCAUUGUGUGAGGAUAACACCAUUGGGGACAGAAGUUCACGCUGGCAUGGCCAACCUCAGGACAUUGGAUAUGUCGGAAUUCCGGUGGCAAGAAGAUUGGAUCUUAAGGACCAGAUGAUAGAAGAGCAACAGGACAGACGGGAGAGAACGCACGAAGCCGUGGACGAUAUUGAAGCCUAUGUUGAGGGUCAGCGCUGGUAA